AUGGCCUGCUCUGCGCCUUCUCCAUAUACAGCGUACAAGCCAAAGACACUGGCCCGCUCUUUCAUCUCUCCCAUCCCCUUUUUCACACCCGGCGCGCACGUGAACAAGGUGGCGCCCAAAGGACAAGUGGCUGCUCUCGGCGUUCGCGAAGGCUGGCGGUUGACGAACAUCGGCAAAAAAACUGAUUUUACGGUGACGGCGAUGUCAACACCAAAGCGCAUUCUCGAAGCCCUCGCUGCUGCUCGUAAGAGAGGCACCACGUACACGCUUGGGUUUUCGACAGGGGGUGCAUAUGAGGCCCCGAACGGAGUAGUAGGCACCGAGGAACAGUCAGAUGUAGAGGCUCGUGACGGCAGUAGGGUGGACACUGCGGUCAGCGAGACAGCCGGUGGUGAGGCGGCUACGGCUGAGCCGGCGUCAGCGAGUGACACAGGAAAUAGUGACGGGGUGCGCGUGGAGGGCAAGGAACAAGAAGAAGACCGGAAAAAGGGUGCCUCUGCCGGCGUGGAGAUAGGCGACGGUGGUGAGACGAAGGAGACCGAAGGAAAUGGUGAAGGACAGGUCUUCGAGGGGAAAGAUGCUCCGUCCAGCAAGGCCGAGACGGGAAGAAGAGGCGAUGGAGAGGUGACGCUCAUGUACGAGAUGUACGACGAAAACUUUCCCAUCAAGAAUGGAUGCAUCAGUGCCGCCGAAAUUGACGAGACCUACUGCCUGAGCUUCGUGAUGCCGAACUGCACACUUCACCUUGGGCCGUUGGGCCCGGCGGACCGAUAUGCUCGAGAAAAUGAAGGAGAGCUUGUGCCCUACCUCGAAGCGCUUGUCCAUGGAACGCAGGUGGUGCAAGGGAUGAAGCGAGACUUACCGGAAGACGGCGAGUUGGUCAACCGGAAAGAUGACGGGCGGAACGGUCUCGAGAGUUGCAGUUGCGUGUAUGGUAACCCUUGCGUUGACGAAUAUGGCUGCAAGAACUGGCAUUCACGCUAUGCGGUGGCAAAGGCGAACGGAUGGAAGGGCUUCUAG